AUUUGUGUGUUUGGAACCGAUUUAUCCUACGCCUUGGAUGCACCAGUUCAUGGGAAGUAAACCUGACCAAUCGCCAACUGAUUCCAUCGAUGAUGUCCACUGUACGUGAAACGCAUCGACAACGCGUAGCGCAGUAGUAUUGCCCACAGCAUCCGCAGGAACACAUAAAAAACAUACAUCUAAUAAACUACUCCAGGAAAGACAGUGCACUUCGGAUGUUAGUUUGUGAAAACGAGCAUUUUAUCCGUAUGUAGAGAGCGACGUGGAAAACCAUGUGUGUAAUGUUGUUGCACUAGUCACAGUCACAUUCGCAGUAUUGUGCAACGCGGAAGGUGUACCUGUAGGAAUUCAUCAUCAGGAAGGAACCGUGAAGCCACACAAAACUGUACGAGUGAUCCCCCGCACGCCACUGAUGCUUGGCAAGUAUGGCGAGGCGAGUUCCGGCUCGAUGAAAAACCUGGAUAAUGGUCUGAGGGACCGAGUGCUAUACCAUCAGAAUAUGCUGAGCAUGAACUUGACAGCCGAAUUUUACCAUAAUCCAUUCCUUGCGGCCGGUUCUGGUGGUGGUAGUAACGUCAUUGGAGCGUCUGCAAGCGGUGCAACCCCCACAAUGGCACAGUCACAAAAGAUGCUCAACAGUCUGGCAUCCGCUAGCCAUCCGCAGCAGCAACACGCCAGUAAUGGAUCAACCACGGCAGCAAGUGUACCAUCACCGACAGUCCCAAACAGUGCGUCCCAAUCGCUGACGCAGUACCAGUGUCAGCUCUGCCAAAAGUGUUUCAUCUCGAGUGCGGUACUCACGCAACACAUGAAAACACACGACAGUAAUGGAUUCGUCGCUCGUGAAACGGGUAAUUACGUCCAGCAGCAACAGACGGUAACAUCGGCACCUUCUCCCGUAACGGCAGUGGCCUCGAGCAGUAAAACUAGUCCACCGCUGCUCACACAGCACAACAUCAAGAGCGAGUACGUCGGUGGAACCGUAACACACACGAUGGGCCAGUUUGUGUACGGUAUGGCAAAGCAGUUCGAAUGCCCGAUCUGCCACAAAUCGUUCAUGACGAUGGUGAACUUGAACCUGCACAUGAAAAUACACGAAGCGGGCGUAAAACCGAUUGCAGCUGCUCACAUGUACUCGCAAGCGAGCGGAGGCAAUUUGCUUGCCGGUGGGACGACAGGUGGAACCUAUCACAGUGGGCAACAUCACAACCAACAGCAUCACACGAUAGGUCCCACGAUACCACCAAGCUCCAACAGCACGGAUGGAGUGUGUCAAAUAUGCCACAAAACGUUUAGCACAGCGGACCAGUUCGCGGCACACAUGAAAAUUCAUGAAAAUGAAUUCAAGAAUCGUGCCCUUUAUCAUUCAAGCAGCGCGAAUGCUAACGGUGGUGAUGGUUCUACCAGUGGACCGAUACCGACAAGCAAUGGUGGCGGUGUGGGAGAUCAUUUCUAUGCUUCAGCACCGCCCACACAUCAAGCGGUGCACGCACCACCUCAUCUCGACGCCAGCAAGGGCCACCGGUGUCCAAUUUGUCACAAAAUGUCCAACAAUAUCAUUGAACAUAUAAAGCAGCACGAAGGACAGCUGACGAUGGGUGGUAGCUCGACUGGCACGACGUUGGGUGUCGUAGGAUCUCCGGCGCCUGGUGUUGUUGCCGGCUAUCAGCAAACGAACGAAGACUCCCAAUCCUCGCUGGAGGACGACAGUGAUGGUGGUGAGAACGUACGGAAGCAUGAAUGCUUGAUCUGCCAUAAGAAAUUUUCCAGUUCCGGGAAUCUAGCCAUUCACAUACGGGUACAUUCGGGGGAGAAGCCAUUCAAGUGCAGCGUGUGUGGCAAGGGCUUCAUCCAGUCGAACAAUCUGGCGACGCACAUGAAGACGCACACGGGCGAAAAGCCGUACGCAUGUACGAUCUGCGGGAAAAACUUUAGCCAGUCCAACAACCUAAAAACUCACAUUCGGACACACACGGGUGAAAAGCCGUACGCGUGUACCAUCUGCGGCAAGCGGUUUAAUCAGAAGAACAAUCUGACCACGCAUAUGCGCACGCAUCAGCUGGUGUGCAUGGUGUGUGGUGUGCAGUUUAUGCAUCCGUCCGAUCUGGCGAACCACAUGAAGUUCCACAACGAUGAAAAACCGUUCAUCUGUUCGGUGUGCAACAAGGUUUACCUGAACCUGGACGAACUGACCGAGCAUAUGAAGAAAACGCACAACCAGGUGAAACCGUAUCGGUGUCACAUCUGCGACAAAACGUUCACACAGUCAAACAAUCUGAAGACCCACAUCAAGACGCACAUCUUUCAGGAUCCAUACAAGUGCCAGAUGUGUUCGCGCUCGUUUCAGAAGGAGGAUGACUACUCGCAGCAUAUGCUGGUGCAUACAGCGGAUAAACCGUACGAGUGUACGUACUGUGGCAAACGGUUCAUACAGUCAAAUAACUUGAAAACGCACGUCCGAACGCACACCGGCGAAAAGCCUUACCGGUGUACAAUCUGUGCGAAAAACUUCAACCAGAAGAACAAUCUCAACACGCACAUGCGCAUCCACACGGGCGAGAAACCGUUCGAGUGUACGAUCUGCGACAAGCGGUUCAACCAAUCGAACAACCUUAACAAACACAUCAAAACGCACGGCCAGGAAAAGGACCAGCAGCAGCAACAGCAAGCGAGUUGACGAGGAUCGAGCAUGGCGAAAGAUUGCACCGGUUUGCCCGAGGAACGAAUGCUCACGGUUGCGAGCAGCAACACCUAAGGAUGUCAUCAUCACACAUCCCGUACGAUACGAGAACCGAUUCCUGAAUGAUACACACCGUGUGCCAAUAGUGCCAUAAGAUACGGACAGGAACUAACACUAACUUUAACAUUGUUUCGUGGACCCUUGGAUAUGGGCCUUCAUUGUGACCUCGACCCCAGCCAAAAUGAAGCGAGGCGGUAGUCUCGUUGGCGAUAGGAUUGAGCAUAGCAAACAAUAUAGCUUUCUUUUUUAUCGAUGUUGAUCAUCUCUCUAUCCUUGUGUUCGUCCUUUUGCCCCGUCACCUCGUCUUUGUGCAUUGUUUUUAACGGCUUUUCUAUUUUAUUUGUAAAAAGGUUUUAAUUUCAAAAUUAGUUUUAACCAAGGUAUAACGUGUUAUAUUUUACAAUGUUUAAACAAAAGCGUACUCAGAUCCGUUCGUGCAAAAGGCAGCCUUGUUUUUUGUUACAAUAUUAUUUCACAUCCGUUUUAAAACCCGCGUGAGAGACAACAGUGACUGGGGACGAAAAACGUAGCAAAAUGUAAAAUAAACACACAAACCCACACAACACACACCGUGUGUGGAAGAAUUGUAAAUAAACGAACGACUUUCUUUCCUUGCGCAGUACAAACACUCGGACAGAAUGUGGAAAG